AUGUGUCUUCACGAGAUUGUCGGUGACUAUUGGACAGGGUGUGGACACUUUCAUGGAAGAUAUUUUACCGGAGUAACCUCCGACUGCGCCUCCUUACGGUGUAAGACGAGUGCGUCUCACAUGCACAAGACAGCACGAAAUUGCGGGUGUCUCUCGGUGGUGACGGAAGACCGCCGGGUACAAAACUUGUACCGAACACGUCAUCCCGACUGCGUACGACCGUCACGGUAA